AUGAUUCUAACCCAAUGGGUUUCCUUCACGCCGGUGACUAAGGCUUCCGACCAGCUUUUCCGACGAUAUUCGGAGUUUCGCGGUCUAUCCUCCGUCACUUGUCGGUUGAGAUCCGGCUCUUCUGUCGGAUGCUCUUGUCUGAAAAGCAAACCCCCUCACGAUACAACCGAGUUGGAGAAUGGAGAAGAAGAAGGGUUCUCGGUUUUGGCAUCAGACAUUCCAUGGGAAGAGAAUGCCAUAUGGAGCACAUUUGCUCUUUACAUGUUCUGUCUUCAUAUUCCUCUCAGUUUUGGGGGUUUAUCCAUUGUUGCCAACAUACUCCACCAAAAGCUUCUCGAUCCUCAAACCCAAGUGCUGUCACUUGUGGUUCUCCAAAUGGUGGAACUUUCAGGGACUGUCUUCCUGCUGAGGAACACUGCAAAGCCUCAAUGCAAAUCAAUCAACUUUCUAAAGGGUAAUAAUGACUCGAGACAAGGAAGAAACUGGGUGGUUGGCUCAGCAUUGGGUUUGGGAUGUCUUGUGGGCUUUAUAUUCAUCACGUCACUUGUAGCUGAUCAACUCUUUGGUUCUAAGGUCUCCCUUACGCAUAGACUCUUCUCUGCUAAUAUCAUACUAUCAUUUAGCAUAUAUAACUUAGCAGAAGCAAAUAUGUGUUUAGGCAGUGGACAACUCGGAGUUGGAGAAGAUAAUGGUGAACGGGGAUGUAUCGAGAAGCGGGUGUUUUGCUCUCUACUGCGUUGUAGCUCCCAUCAUCGAGGAGAUUGUGUACAGACGCUUUCUACUGACAUCUUUAGCGUCGAGAAUGGAAUGGAGGAAGGCGCUAGUGAUCAGCUCAGGAGUAUUUGCAGCAUCGCACUUCUCAGGCGAAGGGUUGGUGCAGCUGUUUGGGAUAGGGUGCGUUCUAGGGGCAUGUUACAGCUGGUCAGGGAACUUAGCCUCGUCGGUGGUCGUUCACUCCUUGUACAAUGCCUUGACACUCCUCCUUACGUUGCUCUCUUAAGCCAAACCAGCUUCCCAUGUUCAGAGAUGACGUAA